AUGGCUUCCCCUCAGCCGAAGGAGCAGGAUGCUCGGGUAUACGACUAUUUGAAUGACAAGAUCCAGACUUCCGCGGACCUUAGGUCUCUAGACUCACUGUUGAAUACAUUGAAAAACCAACAUAGUCUUUUACAACAGCAGCUUGACCAAGUUGGAAAAGACCUGGACGAAGCGGAAAUAGAACAGAAGCAGCAUUCUGGCUCUGUUCUGACUAAGUCGCACCAGUAUCUCCAACGCCAGGUUGAGAUCGAUACGAGAUUGGAGAAAGUCCGGACUUCCCAGACGGUCUCAGAUGUUGUCUCGAAUUACCAAAGGAAUCUUGACCGACUGAAGCAGUUGGAGAUAGCGAAGGGGUAUAUUACGAUCUUGCAGGCUGUCAAUAUUUUGAAAAAACAGACGGAGGAUGUUAUCGCUAGUGACCCAAAAGCGGCGCUCGUGCCUUAUUAUCAGUUACAACAGAUAUCGGGACAGUUGAGGCGGAAGCAUGAAAUUGCAGAGGGCGCGGCGGUUCAUUUGGUCGAAUACGUCGAGCAGGCGACGGCUCAGCUUUGGGAUGAUAUGAAAGAGCGCCUGUCCAAACAGUUUCAAACUACACUAGAUGCUGUCGGAUGGCCUACACAAGAUCUCUCACUUGAUCAAAUGCAACAGUUUGAGACGGAAUUCGUGAAGAUUCUUGCUUUAAGGAAGACCGAUGAAGAAAUUGCUGCAAAUGUUGACAUAUCGACAUUUAAUUCUCUUAACCAGAUAUCUCAAUCUCCAAAAUAUGCUCCGUUGUUGGCUUUCACCGCUCUAUCCAAGGCCUUUGCUCUUCGAUUUCGUUAUCACUUCGAAGGGGAUAGGCAAACGAACAAAGUUGAAAAGCCGGAAUGGUAUCUUCAACAUAUAGAAAAUCUCAUUCGAGAAUAUCAGCCGUUUUGCACAGAAUUCCUACAACCAAUCAUCGACUCGGGAGAGCUUCGAAGCCAUGAUGCAGUCCAAGAGUUCAUUACUUCCCUUCUUCCUAUUGUCCGGCGCAAAAUCGAUAGCGACCUACCGUUGUUAACGGCACAAGGCCCACUAGCAUCACAUUUCGUGCAGGAAUUGAUCAAGUUCGAUGUGAUGCUUCGGGAUGAGUACCUUUAUAGUCCAUUCGGGAUCGAUCCAGAUGAUUGGAGGGGGGUCACCCAUGAGGUUCUCACUAUCAACGAUAGUAGCUUUUUUAAGAAUUGGUUGGCUGUUGAGAAAGACUUCGCAUUGACUCGGUAUGAGAAUAUAAUUGCCGCGGAAGAUGCGUGGGCAAUUGACUACGAUUCUGUUGAACCGAAUGAAACUAAGCCCACGAAGUCCGCAUUCCGGGUUAAGGAAUUGCUUGAGCUCGUGACCGAAAGAUACCGCCCGCUUCAGUCAUUCUCCCAAAAGCUGCGUUUUUUGACCGACAUUCAAAUUACUAUUCUGGACAAAUAUCACGAUAGAGUACAUUCUUCCAUCGAAGCUUUUAAGAUGUUGUCUUCAUCGAUUGGACGGGCGGUCCAGGGUAUGGGGAAGCAAGACGCGGAAUCUAUCACUGGUUUGACAGGACUGGAAAGACUGUGUCGAGUUUAUGGGAGUGCAUUGUUUCUCGGAAACUGUAUGAAGGACUGGGGCGAGGACUUGUUCUUUCUGGAGAUGUGGGAAGAAUUGGGGUCUCGUGCUAGGAAGAACACAGUAGGGGGGUUGAUCAGUAGUAUCGCAAGUUUAGCGUCGGCGUCGCAAUCACGGACGGAGGAAGAAGGCGCAUUAUUUGAUGAAAUGGCAGCUUCGUAUUCGACAAUCCUUAGGGAAGCAGCCAAUAUGAUUCACGAUCUAACCAGUAACGCCAUCCGAGAGGACCUCAAAGCUUACUAUAAAAUCCCACAAUGGCAAGUGAUAGACGAAGCGGAAUCGAAAGAAUCAGGCCAUUCCUCUGAGCUCGUUCCCCUUCUCAAGACGCUAUCGUCAUUCUGCCCCUACCUCUCUCGCUUCUGGGCGCCAAAUGUGUUUCAGCGAGAAUUUCGCCGGGUUUUGAUUUCAACGGAGAACUAUUUCCUUGAUAGCAUCGUUUCGCGAAACCAGUUUUCGGAGCAAGGUGGGCAACAAUUCUUUCGAGACAUGCAAGCCGUGUGGUCAGCUUUGCACCAAUGGAUUCCUGAUGCACCCGGGGUAAUGAGAAGGCUACAUGAAACGUGCAUACUGCUGGCAUUACCGGCUGAGGUAAAAGAUCCAGACUCUUCCGAGGCCCAAAGGACACUUAAGCACGUUGUGGACUGUAUGUUUGAAGACAACCAAAAAGCUAGGGCUGUGAUGGAAGAGCUCGGCAUCUACAGCUUGACCAUUUCAGAGGCACGGAAUACCCUACAACGGCGAGUUGACAGCUGGCAGAAAUAA